AUGGAUACUAUCACAGCUCAGGCCAUUCGAGAACGUCUAGCUAAACUCUCACAAGAAGUAGCUGGUUUAGCCAAAGAAGCUUCGGUAUUGGAACACUCUAUUGCUAUUAGCCGUCGUAAGAAUGCUCAUUUAGCUAAAGAUGUUCAAGAACUUCGAAGAAGAAGAGAAGAACAAGCCACUGCACUAAACAAAGAAGAGAACCGUAUCUUUGCCUUAGCCCGUGAACUAUCUGAAAAUGAAGAUAAGGUCAACCAAAUGGAAGUUGAACUUGAAGAACUUAACAAAACCAAAACUAUUCUUGAGACUGAAAUCAAAACUCGAGGGGAGAGUGUUAAGGAGUACGAGUUAAUUCUAGGACUUUAUGAAGGUUGUGCGACUUACUGGUGA